UACGGGGAGUUUUCCAAGCGGUUGGCUGACAGUAAGCCGGCGGCCUCCAAAGCGUGUGUAUCUCUCGCGCAGUUCGAACAAAGUAGUUCCACGGUGAAAGCACGCAUACCUGUCUCUCUCUCUAUUGUUUUCUCGUUCGCCGGUGCUACCGGGAGCAGCAACAUUGUUUCGUCUAGUGCAGUCUCGUGACAAGUGGCAAGUGUGAAAAUCGAGCGACACAACCUCGACGAUCGUACACUCCGCAGAUACCCGAAUCACAUCGUGACCUCCGACCGACAGGAUCCAAUUUGCAAAUCGACGAUAGAGUUCGUUGAUUAAACGGUGCAACCGCCGAGUUGCUUCGCGCGGAAAUAACGGUCGCGGUCCCCGAGUAAACAUCGAGAGUUCGUGUUUGACAACAAACGGAUCGGUCAAGCUCGCGUGUACGCGUCCCCGGUAUAGUUGCACGGUUAGCGCUUUCCCGUCCGCGGACGUUCACGGCCAUUCAGUUUGAUUUUCUGUUCGCGGAGAGCAACGGUGUCGUGUGAAACGAGAUCCUCCGUUCCGGGAACCGGCGCCACGGUGAUGGCGGUUCUUCAGAAGCCCGCGCUUUUUUGAAACCGACCCGCACCCCGUCCCGCGAUUCUGUUUUUCCUUCGAGAUGAGAUCGACGAAGAUGACGCGACCGGCGCAGCUGGGUCUUGUGCUGCUGUCGUUCCUGGUUUCAGCUUGCGAUGCUAACGAAUUGAAGGACUACUGUUCGAUGCACAAGUUCGACAACUUGCCCGGAGGAUUGAGCUUCACCAAGGAGGUCGUCACGACCGAGUAUGCGAACAUCGACGCGUUCAAGGCUCUUCACUGCUGUCUGAGAGGAUACAGGAGCAUCGAAUGGUACAAGGAUAACAGGGCCUAUCCGUGGCCAGGCGGCGAGAGUCACUUCAUCCUGUAUCCGGAGAGCGCGAAUCAGACAAUUUACACCCAGAAAGUGAGGGCCUCGGACGCUGGCAGAUACACCUGUCGUGCCAGAAACGACACGACCAUCCUCGAGGGAGACAUCACUCUUGCGGUUCUUGGUGAGAAGUCCGGAGGGUACACAGGGAAACCGCUUCCGACUUACAGGCCGGCCUCGCAGUUGGUACCCCUGGGAGGAGCGGCGAGAUUGUUCUGCGAAGCUUACCUCGGCAAAGUCGAGCUGCCGGACGCGAAGAAUUCGGUGACCUGGUCGAAAAGCGACAGCAACGUCACCUUGCCGAGUCAUGGCAGGAUUGCACAGCACAGAGUGUCUAGGGAAAACAAUCAGAUCAUCGGCUCUUAUUUGGAGAUCGAGGACAUAACUCUGGAGGAUUACGGGGAGUACAAGUGCGAAGUUAGCAACGGCGUGGACGAGGAGAUCACGUUACCCGCUCACGUUUAUAGACAAGAGCCGCAAUUCGCCCUGGGUCUCCAAAAUGGCUCCUGGAGGAAGUCGUUCCUGUUGGGCGUGCUGCUGCUGGUCCUGUUGAUCUCCGCCGGCGCGUUUUACGCUCGCUGCUGGCUGCCGCUGGUGCUGCUCUGCCGCGACAAAUUCGCCCCCCUCGAGGAGAAUGACGGGAAGGAAUGCGACGCUCUGGUCUGCUACCACGAGAAGGACUCCAGCCUGGUCAUCGGUAUAGUGAUACCCACCCUGGAGACCAGGCAUCGAUACAAGUGCACGCCGCUCGAGCUCUCCCACCUGAACCAGAACUGGGGCCUGGAGAUCGGACCGCACGCAGCAUCCAGCCGCAGGGUGAUCGUAGUCCUGAGCCCAGCAUCUUUGAGCAACGUGUGGAACGAGACGAGCGUGGGAGGAGUUCUGAAGCAGGUGUCGUCGCUGGCGACGCGAACGAUAGUGGUAGCAACGAAAGAAUUGCCCAGCGUGACAACGAUUGCGAAACGAUCGACCACGGGAUGCAACGACACCGGCGAGCUGUCGCUGGAUCGUUUGAAGAUCCUGACCUGGGACGAAGGAGGCGGCACCAAUAGCAGCGCGGACAACCGGAAGUUCUGGUACCAGAUUCGACUGGCAAUGCCACCGGUCCGACCUAUCAGUAAAGAGACCGGAUGCCAGCUGGGCGCCAUGAUUGUACAGGCGAACGGAAAAUGCGGACAGCAGAAGGCGCGGUCGCGCGAGAGCCUCGAAGUGCUUGUUUAAAAUGGAGGCGUUCGCGGAAGAAAUCGGUGGAACGACGACGAAAAUCGGUUCCUCCGUUUCUUCGUUUCCUCAGUCAAGUUGCUUCGAGAGAUCCGCCAUUUUCCCCGAAGCGUUCGACGUUUGAGAACGGAUCGCGCGGGUGUCCGGGUCCGCGAGUCGCGAACGAAGUCAUACACGGCGACCGCCCUUCGGAACUUCGUCGAUGCCCGAAGUUCUCCAAGGAAACCGUUCCGAAUCGUUGAAUUGUACGCGCGAGCUCUCCGCCAAUGUUCGCAACGACUUCGAGGCUGAAUUGUUAAAGUCGCCUCGACUGCGAGCUCGAAAAACGUUACCGGAAGAGGUAACGACCGCCGUGUAACACGGCGGUCCGCUCUCGCGACGGGAACGUUCCAUUUCCGAAUUACAUUUCGAGACUCUGGCUCGUGCCGUUACGUUCGUUUUACGGCCGAUAAGCUGCUGCGAAAUUUUGGCGUGAAACGAGCGCGACCGUAGAACGUCUAUCGAAGGCCCUCGGGAUCGAGAACGGCGAUUAUCCUUUUCGCAAACCAGCAUUCCAGCGGUUCCGAUCUCGAGCGUGCCGAAUUCGACACGAACGAACCAUAACCGUAUAUCCCUCGGAUCGGCGAACGUGUUCUUUCAAUCCGAUUUCAAAAUGUCCCGACAGUUUCGCUUCGUUUCGUUUCGCUCGGCCGGCUUUAUGAGACGAAACGCUUUUCCGAUCUAAACACCGAAGUAAUAAUCGUUCGUCAGAAUUUCAAAAGACUGCAAUUGAUCGUUCUGAACCACUGUGGAAACUACUUUCUCUGCGAUUUUAACGAUGUAAGAUUUUAAUUCGCUUUUUAAGUAGAAAGUUUAUUCGAAGCCGACGCUCUCCUCGGUAAUCAAAAGCGAGGAUACAUAGGAUUACUUGUAACGGUCGGUAACACAGCAAGUUUUAAACUGGUCUCUGUCGGUAAUGAUUUCCCACGAGACGGAUUUCAAUUUUAAAACCAGCCUCCAUCGGUAACAGUUUCCUACGGUACCGACCUUUUACCCGCGUUUAACCGUAUUUCCUGUCACGCACAAUCGUUUUCCCGUUUGAUCGAGAAAGAUUUGAAAGUUUGAGGAAGGAGGAAACGGAUGAACGAGGGCUGUCUUCCGUCUUGCGAGAUGAAACUUUAAGGCAGAGCUGCCCCCCAGCAUCGCGCGUCAUUUUUUGAAUUUCAAAACGUUUAUCGACCGGGGCCAACAUGGCGGGCAGAACUGGCUUAAAUCGCGGCAAGGCAAAGAACAAAACAGAAACAAUACGAGAAGAAAGUGUGUCACGUUGCUCGCGUCGCGCAAUCGCCGAUUGCAUGGGCUUUUAAUUGUCUGUUUGUAAAUAUUGGAUACAUAUCGGUGCUCCUUUAUUUAUUUAGUUAGUCGUGUAUUUUAUUUAUAACCGUUUAAGGUUCACCGGUUAUUCGAAAUGUGUUCGCGCAAGCGCCCUAUCAGUCCGCGUUUCCGGUUGUGCGCGCAUCUCUAUGUGCUUUGUCGCACGUGUCCACAAGUCUUCACCGAAUACGUAGAUAUUUUAUACUGUUUUUGUAUAUACACGUAAAAGGGGGAUAAGGAGAGGAUAUAUAGAUAUACAAUACAUAUUCGUAUACAUAUAUGUACAUAUAUUGCCGGUCCGAAUUAAGAUUACAGCAGAAUGCUGCGAAAGGUGUGUUACCUUUUUUUCGACAACAUCAUGCUACGUAAAUGCGAAAUUCGUUGUCUUUCUUUUACACUUUGUAUGCACGAUAACAAAACUGUGUAUAUUUAUGCGGUCAUUUUAAAUUACGUAAUAAGAGAUUUUCAAUAUGAAAUAACGAUCGCGUUAUUUAUUUAUUUGAAUUUCUGCUCUGUUUCGUUUCCGAGUGAUCGCGCGCGAAUUACGUAUGUUGAAUAUCCGUAGCAAAAAGAACGAACAGCACGCACGAAAAUGAGUGAGCUUUCCAUCGAAAAGUUAUUGCGGUCGCAUAAUUACUGUAAUCUUAGAUCGAAUACGAACAAUACAUAACACACACCCGCGUUUGUUUUUAUAUAGAAGGGAUUAUCAGUUGCGCCGACGCGACAUACGAAAAGACUUAGAAAAAUUGUAUAUCCAUGCGAGAUACGUGACGUAAACGAUAAUCCCAUCGUUUUAGUAAUUAAGGUGAUUAUUACGUGUAAUUGUAUGCAGUGUGGCCCGUUUUAAUCUGCGAAACUCGCUUCACGAUUUCACACCACUAGACACGUGUAAUAUAUAUAUACACUGCAUAUGAAUAUGCAACAUGUGCGCGAUACGUCCCGCGUGUGCGAACAGAUUAAGAUGGGUUACCAUUAAGCCACGUUCCCGCGUACGCCGCGCAUUAUGCUAGCCGUUUGCUCGCGUGUAAGUGUACUUUAGGUGUCGCACCGACAGAACCACGGGGCGAGCUUAACUUUAAUAUCAUAUGGUAAUCUCUUUACUGUCAGUAUUACGAUACACUAGUGUACUUGUCUUGCGGGGACGCGCUCGCCAUUUUGAAGCGGUCAGAUACGCCGCCGUUCGUGCGAGCGAGAUCUUCGCGAGCCGGGUAAGCAGAGUAUAGAUGUAGAAGUUGAACCCGUUUGUUCGUUUAGCGAUAGAGCACAGGCACAUUAUCACACGAAACGAUUGAACGCGUUCACAGAAAAUAAUCCACGUUUCUUUUCUCUCUCUUUAUUUCUCAUGGUUUUUUAUUUUCCCCCCUAACGUAUACAAUAUCCUCCCCGUCGUAACGUCCAGCAACAGGAGCUUAUUAAUCGCUCCCUUAUCGACCGUCACCUUGUUGCUGUCUUGCGAUUGGUCGCACCACGCGAAGGCGAGAAUGUAAAUGAAAAAGAAAAAAAACGCAAAAAGUCGCAAAGGUCUCUGUUUCUCUUCGCGGCAAGACGAAAAAAAAAACAUUGUUGUUCCGUGCAAAAAAAAACCGAUAAUAAACGAGAAUAUUUAUAUUUCCAGAAA